AUAAAUAAAUUCUUGAUUAAAUUGUAAAACACCGUUUUACACAAAGCACAAGCACCGCAACGAAAAACAAAACAAACCUUGUGGUUCUGCCCGUUAGCCUACUUUCUGUUGUAGCUUGUCAACUCUCUUUUCUAUUCAACAACAGUCUUCUGGAUCUCAAAGCAAAUUCCUCUCAGAAUUCUGGAGAUUUUGACAGUCUUUUUGUCUAUUUUGAGCCAGAAAUGAGCCCGAUCUGAUGGGUUAUUUGGACUUUGCAAUUCAAACCUUUGAAGCAUUUUAAGCAGUACCCAUUCCGGCCUUGCGCGCCUCAGGAUAUGUCGAAGAUCUGUAUAGGUUUUUGAAACUAUUUUGUGGUCAUUCUGAGUAAAGGAUCUUUUCUGAACGCAAUUUGGCAAAAUUUUUGUGGUUCCUCUGGAUCUGGUUUCUGUCAGUGUGCCGAGAUGACCGACGUUUUUGCUGUGGGAGAUCUUGCAGAAUGUAUUUUGGAUUUUAGCUUGAGUUUGCUCUCAGUCGAGGGGCUUAUAGGUUCAGGGAGCGAUUGUUUGUUGCACGGAGUAAAUUAGCAGGGUUUAUUUUCGGUAUUUUAUUUGGGAGAAAUGUUUCGGCGAGACAAAGACAGAGAUAGAGAUAGAUUUCGAGAGCAAAACGGGUUUUCGCCAUGCGGGCAAGUGAGGGUUCUUGUUGUCGGAGAUUCAGGCGUGGGAAAAUCAUCGAUUGUUCAGUUCAUUGUCAAUGGUGUACCUGUUUCUAACAUCCAACAGACAGUGGGAUGUAAAGUUGGUAUUAAGCUCAUGACUUAUGGAGGUUCUGGCAGCUCUUCAUCUACAAGCAGCAAAGGUGAAAAAGAUAGAGAAUUUUUUGUAGAGUUGUGGGAUGUGAGUGGACAUGAGCGUUAUAAAGAUUGCAGAUCACUCUUCUACUCACAAAUUAAUGGUAUCAUAUUUGUUCAUGACCUAUCUCAACGGAAGACUAAAUCAAACCUGCAGAAGUGGGCUGCAGAGAUUGCCAACCUGGGAACAUUCUCAGCCCCUCUGGGUAUCAGCAAUAUAGCUGGUAUUCCUGUUCCAUUCCUGGUUAUAGGGAAUAAAGCUGACAUUGCACCAAAGGAUUGUGGAAAAGGUAGCAGUAGCAAUCUUGUUGAUGCUGCACGCCAAUGGGUUGAGAAGCAGGGUUUACUUUCUCCAAGUGAUGAGCUCCCUUUAACCGAAACAUUCCCACGGAGUGGUGGUCUAGUUACAGUAGCUAAAGAAGGUCGUCUAGACAAGGAAGCAGUGAACAAAUUCUUUAUUACUUUGAUCAAGAGAAGAUACUACCCAGAGGAUCUUCCAGUUUCAGUACAACAAUCAUGGGUUAGCCCCACUGCCAGUAAGAAUAUAUAUCAUGCAAGGCAGAGAUCAAAUGAUGACAAUUCAAUACAGAACUUCAUAGGUUUGAAUGGCGAUGAUUACAGAUACAAUUCACUUCCUCCACUUCCAGCACAACGCACUCUCACCCCACCUCCAACUUCAUAUCCUCAGCAACCUAUGUUGUUCUCAGAUGAUUAUUCUGUUCCAAGGUCUAAAGCUUCAGCUUCUUCAGAAACAACAAAUGUAAAAUCUAAGCGUGCAGAUAUAUUGGUCUAAGUCAAUGUUUGUUGUCUUUGAAUUUAUAUUUUUUUGUGUGUCCUAUUUGUAAGUACAAUCAUCUAGCUGAUUGAGUGUAACAUUGAAUAUGAUAUGCGUUUUGGUGGUUGAUGGUGAUUAUUACUGUCUCAUUUUUAUGAAAUAUUGGUUAGGAGACGAGGCCAAUUAUUGAUAUUAUGAAGACCUUUAUUUUGAAGCCUUUGCCUUUAUUCAGGAGUGUCCAUUUAUGUAAGUUACCAUCCAGUAAGCUCACGGUUCUUUUCCUGUCCUAUUUUGGAGGGAGAUUCUCAUUUCGAACCGUAAGAGCACACAUGUUUCUUUUAUCCAACAUAAUCAGCCACAAAUGAUGAUAAGGCCUGUUACUGUGGUUGAGUUCAGUAAAAAGCUUAAGAAGUGAAUUCUGAUUAAAUUUAAUUAACAUUUUUUCA